ACAUGGCGGCGGCCGCCGCGCAACUGAGGCAGCGGGGGGCGCCGGGGCCUGCUGCCGGCCGCAGUCAGCGGGGGCUGCGUCCCCCUUCGCCCGGAGCAGCGGCGGCGGGGUGCUGAGGGCUCGUCCCGUCCCGUCCCGUCCCGUCCCGUCCCGUCGCCAUGCUGCCUGGCGUGGGGGUGUUCGGCACCGGGCUGACAGCGCGGGUGAUCGUGCCGCUGCUGCAGGCGGAGGGCUUCGCCGUGAAGGCGCUGUGGGGCCGCACGGCCGAGGAGGCGGAGGAGCUGGCCGGGGAGCUGAGCGUGCCCUUCCACACCAGCCGCAUCGACGAGGUGCUGCUGCACCACGACGUCGACCUGGUGUGCAUCAACCUGCCGCCGCCGCUCACCCGCCAGGUGGCCGUCAAGACGCUGGGCAUUGGAAAAAAUGUCAUCUGUGACCGAACAGCAACUCCCCUGGAUGCCUUUAGGAUGAUGACUGCGGCUCAUUAUUACCCAAAGCUCAUGAGCAUCAUGGGGAACGUCUUGCGCUUCCUGCCUGCCUUCGUGAAAAUGAAGCAGCUGAUCCAGGAGGGUUAUGUGGGGGAGCUGCUGGUGUGCGAGGUGCAGGUUCACAGUGGAAGCCUGCUGGGCAAAAAGUACAACUGGAGCUGUGAUGACCUGAUGGGAGGCGGAGGUUUGCACUCAGUUGGCACCUACAUUAUCGACCUCCUGACCUUCCUCACCAGCCAGAAGGCCGUGAAGGUGCACGGCUUGCUCAAGACCUUCGUGAAGCAGACAGACCACAUCAAGGGGAUACGGCAGAUCACCAGUGAUGACUUCUGUACAUUUCAGAUGGUUCUGGAGGGUGGUGUGUGCUGCACAGUGACUCUCAACUUCAAUGUCCCUGGGGAGUUCAAACAAGACAUUAUUGUGGUGGGUUCGGCAGGCCGGCUGAUUGUAAUAGGCACUGAUCUCUAUGGACAGAGCAACAGCUCUCCUCAACGGGAGCUCCUGCUGAAGGACUCCACGCCGGUCAGCAAUUCCUUACUUCCAGAAAAAGCAUUCAGUGACAUCCCGUCCCCGUACCUCCGAGGCACCAUUAAGAUGGUUCAAGCUGUCCGGCAGGCAUUUGAGGACCAGGACGACAGGAGGACCUGGGACGGAAGGCCUCUCACAAUGGCUGCCACCUUUGACGACUGUCUGUAUGCCCUGUGUGUGGUGGACACCAUUAAAAAGUCAAACCAGCUGGGGGAGUGGCAGAACAUUUCAAUCAUGACCGAGGAGCCAGAACUGAGUCCAGCAUACUUAAUCAGUGAAGCCAUGCGGAAGAGCAGGAUGUCUCUGUACUGCUAGCUCCACUCAGCUCCUAGGAGAGGAUAGGAACCAGACAGCUCUUAAAGGAAAUGGUAACUCAGCCCUUGUGAAGGGCUUGGGCAUCUUGCAAACAGCUGAGGAUAUGGGGGGAGGAAAUAUGGUGUUUGGAUCAAUUAAACCUGUUGGUGGCUAAAUACCAAAGUGGUAAGAAAGAAAUGCCCAAAAUGGAUAGGAGAGUUAAGAGCUGACAUAACUGUUUUAAUAACAGUAUUAGCUGGCUGAUCGGAAAGAUAAAUCAUGGACUCAUCUCCUGCUUGCAGGUGCUUCAGAUUAUCCAGUUGUGUUUACUGUGAAAGGUUGGGAAGGUCCUUUUAGAUUUUCCUGACGUACCAGAGGGCUGUGAAGGUACUGUCAUGUCAUCAAAUUUUCUGUAGUGUCUGACAUGAAUGGUUCCUACCAUGACAGCUGACACCACCAUGCUGUACUACUGCACCUCUAACCAACACACAGAGUAACUGGACUUGGUGUGAAAGUGUUGGGUGAUAUAGAAAAUCUUGGCAGCUCACUUUUCAUAUAGCUUUUUAGGAGCUUCUAUGUGUUGGUUUAGUUAGUUGUUUUGUCAUUUGUUUUAAAGCACAAUUAAGUAGAAAAAUGUGGCUUUUACAAAGCAGCCCUCAACUACAGUGCGUUUGCCCUGGUGUUGAGGAAGCGAGGUUCUUCUGUGAGCUCACAUUAAGCUGCAGCAUUAGCUGUACAGAUUUGCUGAUGAAAAUGGGUUGUGCAAAACCUUCAUGAAUGUCAGGUGGCAUGAAACAGUAGUGCUGGUGGCUUUUAUUAUACAGCUGAACUCAGGCUGGUCUUAUGAAGGUUUACACUCAAUUUCCUGUGUCUGGGACUCACUUUUGAGUGAAUUCAUCUCGCAUUUCGGUUUUAGGUGGAAAACAGAAAACAGAAAUCCAACAGAAAACCAUUUGAUGCUUAGACAGUUCUUUUAAACCUUUGUGAACUCUCACUUGAGACGUUUACACCAACAAUUAAUUUCACAUAGCUCAACCCAGGAGGUUUCAUGUUCACCAAGUGGAGUGAGUC